AGCUUGUAAAUUUUUUUCAAUGUUUUAUUUUAGAGUAGCUGGUUAUAGCUCUAUACACUUACUAAGCUGCAACAGUCACAUUGUUAACUAUGGUCAAAGAAAAAAUCAAGAAAGGUGUGACCAAGGAUGAUGAAGCUGUCAGUAAAUUUGAUGGCUUUGGUGUGGACUUCAAGUGCAAACUGAUUGGCUUUACAAGUGUACCAGCUGCUCGUGGAGAUGAUAUAUGUCAAGAAGCUUUAAACCAAUUAACAGCUCAAGCAUUACGAAAUAAUAAAGAAAAGAAAAGUCACAAGCAAAAAAUUACAGUCAAUAUAACAUUCCGGGGCAUUAGGUUACUUGAUGAAGCUUCAGAGCGAAUGGAAUAUGCACAUCCUAUACAAAGAAUUUCCUACAUCAGUCAUGACAAUAAUGAUAAGAGAACUUUUGGAUAUAUCGUUGGUACUAAAGAUGGCUACAAAUUGUUUGCUAUCAAGGCGAUGAAAGAGGCUGAACAAAUAACAAAAACAUUAAAAGAAUUAUUCCAGGAAGUAUUCGAGAGGCACCAAGCACAGAAACGUGCUCAAGAAAACAUAAAAAACGACACACCGGUAGCCGAACCUGCUAAAUUAGCAGCAACUGAGGAGAAAAAAGCAGAAGCGCCAUCAACCACUGGUCUAAUAGAUGUUGGAGAAGAAGCUAAACAGGAUGGAGAUCCAUUUUCAGUGGAUUGGGGACAACUUAACGAGCAGAUACAAGUUAUGCAAAGUGAUGGCAUUCCGAACUCAGAUUCAUCUGAUAUGCUGUCCGACUUACAGUUUGGGAAUACGAGGGAUCCCUUUGCUCCUCAACCUGCUCUGAAUGAUCCCUUCGCACCUACCACAAAUACAAGUAGUGACUUCAACCCCUUUGGUGGCGCUAACCAGCCAACACCUACUGCUGCUGCUGCAUCAGCAGAUUUAGAUUUCUUCGCAUCACAACCACCAACUGCUACGACCACCAGCAAAAGUUCUGACGAGUUGUUCAGUCUUACCGCACCGCCUGCUGCCACUACAGCAAAUGAUGCAGCUGACGGGGCUUUGUUAAUGAAUGACCCUUUUGCUGAGCUCAAGAAAAAUAUCAACGAGUUACACAAACAACAACAGCAGCAACAACAGAUAUCAUAUGGAUUUAAUCCGUCCUUUCCACAAUCAAACGGGUUUUCUUCCCAAACAGCGAGUAACCCGUAUGCACCGCAACCUGCAGCAAAUAACCCGUUUACUAAUCCGAACCCGAUGUAUGGCAGUAAUCCGAUGGCUGCUGGAGCUUAUGGAGCAGGACCAAAACCACCUGCCACUUCUGUAGCUCCGAAUCCGUUUUUAUCGCAACCAGUUCAACCACAACCACAGCAAGAUAUGGGGUGGACAGUCACCAGACCGACUCCUGCGCCACGCGUAGACGUGAAGAAAACAAAUACCGCAGUGGCUGAUCCAUUUGCAUUUUUGGAUCUUCAAACAGGAGAGAAAGCGGCGCCAACUCCGCCUCAGCCGAUGGUAACAAACACCACUAACAAUACAAUGAAUGAUCCCUUUGACCUGCUAAGUUGAAGCGGUGCGUGAAACCACGAUGAACAUAUUGUUUUAAGAUGUAUGUAUGUUAUUUUUUUCUUUUAUGCUCGUAUAUGUUUCGUUCAUUAGCACUUGUAUUUUGUAAGCUAGAUAUUAACUUAGUAUAUAAAUUGAUCACACUCACUCACGCUCUAAACCAAUAUUGAGUGAAACGUUCGCUGUUUUGACCAGUAUUAAGUCACUCCUAAAUCUUUACCUCGAGAUAAUUCAUUGAAGCCAGAUUUCUGUCCCACGAAUUCUCAAAUGAGAUUAAUGAUCUGCAGAAUUUCGUUUCCUAAACCCGCAUGAAUCUUCUUAAAGUUUAGUCCACUCUGCAUCAAAUUCUCUGUGUGUUCAUUGGCUGACGCGCAGUAAUGAACUGGCAUGAUUGGUAGAAUCCGCUAUAUAAGGAUGAUUUGAUUGGACGCUUAUAUUUUUUGUUUAUACCGAUAAAAAAUAAUUAAAAUUAAUUCUGAUGAAAUUAUUCAGUUCCUUGAAUCUACGCCGGAGAAUUUUUUUACUUUUUCUCUCCAUCGUAGAGUUUUUUAAUAGUUUUAUAGUUUUCAAGAUAGCAAAUUAAUAUAUCGAAAAUACUUUUUGCUUUUAAACUUUCGUAUUUCACGUUUUUUUUCUUUGUGACUAAUAACUUUCUAUACUCGCUUUCUCACUUGCAAAUGCUUGGUUGGCAAUUUUUAGGGCCCUUUCUGAUUGCGAUUUGAUUGCUGAUAACCUACAAUAAAUCUAAUUGAUUGGUCAAUACGUAACAAUUAAAACACUGAGCAAGGAUAUGUCUAUUUUUGUUGUUGAGGUUAUCUUGAAGUGGUUUUAGGAAAUUGAGCUAAUUCAGCAAAAAUCUACCAGGCCUGCACUUAGUUCCCAAUCCCUUUAUUAGUCAAUUUCAUCAGUUUUAGAAAUGUAUUAUUUGGUAAAAGCUUUAUGGAUAUUUUUGUAUACAAAAGAGAAAUUUUUUAAAUUUUUUUUUACUACGAAUGAAUUUUUAAUAGUAGAUGGUAAAUUUAGCUUUUUUGGAUAAUUCAUUUAUGUGACUUAUGAUGCGAAUGGCUAGAAAUUACGCCAUUAACUGCAUGCGUCAAUCAAAUAUCUACAAGCACCAGCCUUCCUUAUUUAGAAUAUUUUCUACACGCACAAAUAUUUCAGAUAUUUUUGUUGACUUUAUGAUUACUGAAAUUGAUUAUAUUGUUUCAUUUAAGAAAGUGUUGACAAUGCAAGAUAUAUAACCAUGGUUAAACGGUAACAGAAAAUCUUGUGUUUGAAACCUCAGAAAUAGCGAUAAAAUGUUUGCCCCCAUCUUCAGUAAACAGUUUAGCUUCUUAAAGAUGAGGAAUGACAUGAAUUUUUGUGUUUCCCUCCUGCCGUAUUGUCUACUCUCUAAUUAUAAAUUUUUGUUUUGUUUCGAAUCAUGUAAUUAUAUAUAAGAUAUAUAGUCUAAAUAAAUAUAAUAGAAUGUUUUAAUAA